AUGGACCUGCCGUCCGGCUUUCAUCUCUUUCCAUUCCUGCCCCCAGAGAUUCGGCACAAGGUGUGGGAGGCGCACCUGACAGACCCCGGCGUCAACUUUCUCAAGGUCGAACCCGUCGACGGAGCCUGGAACUGGGGAUCGACGCCUCCCUGGCCAGGCACACACCUUGGCGACGGUGACGGCGUCGGGCACGGCGUCGGGCACCAGAACAAUGGUGAAAACGACAUCGACGACGUCGACAGGGUCCUACUACUCGAGUCCCAGGCUCAGCAUCGGUCUCCGUCUCCUCCGUCUCGCCUCCCCUCGCUCCCAACUCCCCUUCACCAUCCCCCGCCUCGGGCUCGUCCAUGGCCGAUGCUGACGGCCGAGCUGGUCGCGAGCAACCCCAACCACCAAGUCGACAUAUCCAACUACGUGGCCCUGUACAAGCGUCUGGCCAUCCUCUGCGACGUUGAUAGGGAGACGGAUGCCUUGACGCGGAGCCUCUGGCACCGACCAAAAGCCCUCCGGCUUGGCAACGGAAACAUCGUGGCGCUCCAAGGCUCGCCCGACCUGGUAUGCCUCGAAUACCUGCCACCCCAACUCUUCAACUCGGACGGCAACCUUGACUUCCAGCUCGAUUGCCCGGGGCUUGACUCGAUCAAGCGGGCCGCCGUUAAGUUCUCGCCAAUUUGGCACCCCAAAGUCUUGGCCCCCAAGGGCGGCGCCGAUUGCGCAAAGCCCGACGAGGUCUUGGACCGAGGACGGUACCCGGCGCACCUGUAUCAGCUCCUUGCCAGGCACUUUCCCAAGCUCGAAGAGUUUUAUCUGAUCGAUUAUUUCAUCGUCAAAAGAAAGGAUGACGACGAGAUGCCGCCACCACAACGAGAGCAGCCGUCUCGCGGAGACGGGUCUCUUCGAAAAUUCCGCGCCCGAGGCCGACUGUUCCACGAGAUGAGCAGCGACGGCUCCAGCAACGGAUCGUGGAAGAUGGACCCGAAAACGCGUGGCAUUUGCGCCUGGCUGCGGGAAUCCUUCGUACGCUACGCCAACGGGAGCUCGUUCGGCCGGCACGAGAGCCCCGAGACGGUUCGGUUCGGCAUCCUCGCCUGCGACUGGAGCAUCCCCGUCCCUUGUCUACUUCGACCGAGGCCCGGGCCCACGAUCCCUGGCCAUCGAAAGCCGACGCGCCCGCGAAGGGGCGCUCCAAGCAAGAUGUUUAUUCAAGCAGCGGCCAAGAUGGUUCGUCACUCAUGCAACAGUCGCGCCCACGAGAUUCCCCGAUCGCUCACGGGCCGUCGAGUCGUCGCAACCUGCCACCGCUUCCUGAGCGUUGCCGGCACGUGCCGCAACUUUACGCCAUCUGUUCCACCACGGCGGAAUAGAGUGGAUGCGUCAGUUCCAGCGGAGAGACCGUGGCGGUUUGGUGGUCGGAGGGAGAGCACCGGCAGCGCCGAGUUCGAAUUUGGCGCCGAGCGCGAAAGCAACUACCUGUUCACGUUCGAAGUGCGACGGGCACUAGCCGAAGGAUGA